GCCAAAUUCAGAUGUUAGUAUGUGAAAUAAGCAGCACCACUGUAUGUUUAGUGUCUGCCUGACAUCAAUCGUUUAAUAUUUGUCUCUUUGCAGAACAUUGAUGAUGGCACAACCGACCGUCCUUACAGCCAUGCUCUGGUCGCAGGCAUCGACCGCUAUCCCCGUAAGGUGACCACAACCAUGGGCAAAAAGAAGAUCGCCAAGAGGUCCAAGAUCAAGGCCUUCGUCAAGGUGUUCAACUACAACCACCUCAUGCCCACCAGAUACUCUGUGGAUAUUCCUCUGGACAAAACUGUUGUGAACAAGGACGUCUUCAGGGAUCCUGCUCUCAAGCGCAAAGCCAGGCGGGAGGCCAAGGUCAAGUUUGAGGAGAGGUACAAGACGGGCAAGAACAAGUGGUUUUUCCAGAAGCUCAGAUUCUAACUUCACUUUGGUUUCACAAAUAAAUGUUUAAAAAUGGA